AUGAAUACUGCUGCUACGGCCACAAGUGGCGCGGCCAUCCCUUCCGCAGUGAACGACCACGAGACCGAUCACGAACCUCACAAGAGAAUGGGAACCCAUCACAUGCCAAUGUCCAAUGCCUGCCACCAGUGCUCCUUUACCGAAGAGAUUCGACACGAUAUUGAACCACUGCCGUCAACACGACGAGGGCGCACCAUCAGCCAGUCACAACCGGGAGCCUACAAUAUAAGUGUCCCCGCAAGUCUCCGAGGGCCGCGGUCGGUACGACAGCCACGGAACGAACAAGGAGUAACCUUUGCGGGUACUAGUACUGAUCCCAUCAUAUCGGAAGCAACCGUCGUAGAUGACGAAGAGGCCCAGCAAGCCGAGUGCACAAGAACCACCUGCAGACAGAGAACCGAUGUGGUGCUGGAUGCCAAAAUCCUCCACAGCGGAACACAACGGGCACCAUCCCCCGUCAGCCGAACAAGCGUGCUUCUGAUUGCUGCAUGGUGUGAUCCUUGUGUGUUCGCUGCUAUCUGCCAUUUUACUGGGAGUGUCUUCUUCAUCCUCAUCAUCCAACCCUGA